UAUAUAGCGCAAACUGUUUCAAUAAAACAAUUAAAAUCAUCAUGGAGCACGCACCUUUCGACCCCUUCACGCGGUUCUUCGAGAUUCCGUCACAGACUGCAGCAUUGCCAAAUGAGGAGAGUACGAGGCCCUCGAGCUUGGAACCUCCCAGUGCAGCAAGACCCAUAUUUGGAAGAAACCACACCUUCUCUAGCUCUGCCGAAGGUGAUGCCUUCAGAUCCAACAUCCAGAGACUGCAAGCCAUCAGUUCUAACAACGAGCCAGAGCAGUCUGACCCAGCGCCAUCUUCGACCUCACAGUUGUUGUCCUCCCCUCUUGCCUCGCGAAGUCUUGGUGAAGAUUCUUUUCUGCAACUGAAUGUUGGAAGAAGACCGAGCUUAGAAAAUGAUCAGAUAGACCUGUUGAAUAUAAACCAGUCCAGCUACGGUGGGGAGAUUCGUCCCCCCAUUGGUUCUGGGAGGAGACGCCAGAACUCUAAUGAGCUAUCUAGCACAGGGUUCUUUGACUAUAUUGGCUCGAACACUGAAAACGAUUCGGGAAAUGAUGAAGCUUCAAGCUCAAUUUCUGGAAGCCCUCCGCAAGAACUUGUGGUUCUGAACAGAUACCCCCAGUACUCAGUGCCUCCUUUGAACCCGGACGUCUUACUAUAUAACAGAGUGGCUAUCAUCAUGCAGGACAUCAUGAAUCGGGGUAACAAUGAGAGCAGUGUUUGGAACAGGAGAACACUAGAGGAGGGUCGUUUCUGCGCGUUCUGUAAGAACAACAAGGAGCGUCAUGAAUUCUACACAACCCACGUUGUCAAGGACAAUUGGGGCAAGGUCAUCUGCCCGAUCCUACGCAAAUAUCGGUGCCCAACCUGCGGGGCCACUGGAGACAACGCCCACACCAUCAGGCAUUGCCCCGUGCGCGCGAGACUGGACCUACAGUAGAUCUGUCUGAAGAUUGUAGAUUAUUUGAAGUGCUUGUAUGCUGGUGCUGUAUAUGAAAAGAGA